CUGAUGUAUCUAUCUGGAAGUAAUCUAAUGCAUAAAUAUUCAUUUAGUGUUGAAGGUGAUGCUAUCAAAGUUUAUGUAAGGGUACGUCCCCCUUCAGAGGGAACUGCGUUAACCGAUGGAGAUCAAGGCUUGUGUUUAUCUGUUCUUUCAUCAAAUACCAUCCGUCUGCAUUCGAAGCCUGAGCCAAAGAUCUUCACUUUUGAUUAUGUUGCAAAUAUGGAAACAACACAGUCAGUGUUCUCAAGCGUGGCCAAAAAUAUUGUUGAAUCUUGUAUGAAUGGCUACAAUGGAACCAUCUUUGCAUAUGGCCAGACUGGGUCAGGAAAAACCUUUACUAUGAUGGGACCAUCUGAUUCUGAUAAUUUCACUCACAGUCUGAGAGGUGUAAUUCCACGGAGCUUUGAAUACUUAUUUUUUCUAAUUGAACGUGAAAAAGAAAAGGCUGGCAGUGCAAAGAGUUUUCUCUGCAAAUGCUCAUUUAUUGAAAUCUACAAUGAACAGAUAUUUGACUUGCUAGAUUCUGCUUCAGCUGGACUCUUUCUCAGAGAACACAUCAAGAAGGGAGUCUUUGUCGAUGGUGCUGUUGAACAGGUGUUGUCAUCUGCUGCUGAAGCAUACCAGGUAUUAACUAUGGGCUGGAGAAACCGCCGUGUAGCAUCGACCUCAAUGAACAGAGAAUCCUCAAGAUCGCAUGCAGUUUUCACUAUCACAGUGGAAUCCAUGGAGAAAAACAAUGAGAUUGUUAACAUUCGGUCUUCUUUGCUCAACUUGGUAGACUUGGCAGGAUCUGAGAGACAGAAAGACACCCAUACAGAAGGACUGAGGUUAAAGGAAGCAGGUAACAUAAAUCGAUCACUAAGUUGCCUGGGCCAAGUAAUCACAGCGCUUGUUGAUGUGGGUAAUGGAAAACAGAGACACAUUUGUUACCGGGAUUCCAAGCUCACUUUUCUGUUACGGGAUUCCCUUGGUGGUAAUGCAAAAACAUGCAUAAUAGCAAAUGUUCAUCCAGGAUCCAGGUGUUUUGGUGAAACACUGUCCACCCUUAAUUUUGCUCAGCGAGCAAAGUUGAUUAAAAACAAGGCUGUGGUAAAUGAAGACACACAAGGAAAUGUGAGCCAACUGCAAGCUGAAGUCAAGAAGUUGAAAGAGCAGCUUGCUCAACUUACUUCAGUGCCGUCUAUGUGUGAUAUUUCCGUAUCACAAGGUGCUGUUGAAAAAGGGAAGAAUACCAUAAAUUACAUGAAUAACUUUCUUGAAGCAAUGUUGUUCUGGGAGAAAUCAGAAGUUGAAAAGAAGAAUUUAUUAGAAAAAAUUGCUCAACUAGAAGAUCUGUGUGCCAAGAAGGAGAAAUUUAUUCAAUCCAAUAAAAUGAUAGUUAAAUUCCGUGAAGACCAUAUUGUUCGCUUGGAGAGAUUACAUAAAGAGGCUGGUGGAAGUUUAUUGCCAAAAGAGCAAGACGAUCUCCUCAGUGAAUUGAGGGAAGAAUUGCAGACACUCAGAGAACAGAUGGAGCAACACCCACGAAUUGCAAAGUAUGCCAUGGAGAACCAUAACCUCAGAGAGGAGAAUAAAAGACUUCGUUCUUUACAGUCAGUUAAAAAGGCCCAAGAAAUUGAUGCUCAGACCAUCGCAGAACUAGAAAAAGCUUUUUUGGAAGCUUCAGCCACAGAGAAAAAUAGUGGAGGUCACCAUUUAUAUUCUACCACCAUAUCAGUGGAAGGCAACUCACUGGCAUCUGUUGAAAGGCUGAAAGCACGCCUGCUACAGACUCAAAGUGAACUGGCAAGUUCAAAACAAGAAUAUGAAGAAUUCAAAGAGCUAACCAAGAAAAAGCAUAUGGAACUGGAAUCAGAGCUUCAAUCCCUUCGGAAAGCAAACCAACAUCUCGAAAACAUUCUGGAAGCAACCAAAGCACACAAGCGCCGAGAAGUCUCUCAGUUACAUAAACUACACAGAGAAACUCUGACGAAUAUAACCACUCCAACAAAGGCUUACCAGCUAAGGUCUCGCCUAGUGCCGCGAAUAAGCCCAGAAAUCUUAGAUUAUCGUUCUGAAGAUUUUCAGUGUUCCAGAGAGAUAAUGGAUGACAUUUUGAAGGAGCCCAUUCCCCCACAGAUGAAUGAACAAGCAUAUGAGGCCAUUGCUGAGGAGCUCAAAGUGGCACAGGAGCAACUGAGCGCAAAGCAGACAAAGCUGGAUGAAGAGGAAAGCAAGAAUAUAAAACUCCAGCAGCAUAUUAAUAAACUGGAGCAUCAUUCUGCACAAAUACAGGAGCUUCUUUCAUCUGAAAGGAAUAACUGGAGUAAAGAGCGCCAGGAGCUCCUUGAACAGAUAAAAUCACUCGAAAAGCAAUAUCAAGACAGUCAAAGCAAGACUGAUAUAUUAAAAAGUGAAGUCUGUGACUUGCGCAUUGUCCUGCAGUCUGCAGACAAGGAGCUGUCUGCUGUAAAAUUGGAAUAUAGUGCCUUUAGGGAAAAGCAAGAGAAGGAAAUGAGUCAGCUUUCUGGUAGACAUAUGGAUGUACAGUUCCAGCUGGACAGCGUCAGGCUAGAACACGAAAAGAUUCUUGAAGAAAAAGCAAGCCUGCAGGAUGAUUAUGACAAUUUGCAGGAAGUAGCGAAGUUUGAGACAGAUCAGCUGAAGCAACAACUUGAAGACCAAAAACAAGAAGCAGAAGCAAUGAAAACUGAGCUUUGUAACCUUUUGAAACUUCUGAAAACAGAAAAAGAACAUAAUGAAAAACUAACAUUACAAUUACAAGAAGACAAAGAAAACAAUUCAAAGGAGCUCUUGAAAAUACUUGAAAAAGCACAGGUGGAGAAACCAUCCUCUGAAAUGGUGACACACUGUGAGCAGCAGGAAACAAAACUGCGGAAAUUGGAACAGGACCUGGCUGCUGCUGAAGAGAUUAUUGUUUCUUUGAAGAAGACAAAUGAUACAGAUAAGGAGGUUGUAACUGACUUGAUGAAACAGAUCCAGGAGCUGAGGUCUUCAAAUAAUCAUAAGAAAGAGUCUAUAGAUGGGCUGACAAGAGAGCUCGAGGAUAUAAAUUGCAAGUAUAAUCUUGUUCUGGCUGCAAAAGAAGAAAGCAAAGGAAUCAUAGAGGAUCAGGAAAAAAAGAUUGAAGAACUGAGGGAAGCCUUGGAGAGAAGACAAAUAGCUGAUAACAUUGAGAGAGACCUUCUGUGUGAGGACUUGCAUCAUACCACUGAUCAGCUGAUAAGACUGACAGAGGCCUCUAAGAAACAUGAUUCAUUGCUUCGGUGUGUGCAGGAAGACAUAACAAAGAAAGAAGCUCUAAUCCAGGAACUCAGGGAACAGUUGGACAAAAAGACAGAAGAACUGGAGAAGAGGAAGAAUGAAUAUGAACUAAAAAUGAAGCAGAUAGAUUGCUUUGUGGACUCAUCUGCAGUAACAUUUCCCGAGUGUCCAAAAACUCCUCCUAAAUUUGAUGUGAAUUUGGCAAAGCUCUUGGAAACUCAUGAACAAGAAAUAGCUGAUCGGAGGGCUUCUGCAAUAAAUCUGGAGCACCUUGUACAUGAACUGAAUGAAGAACGAAGAGCUAAAAAUAAUGAAAUUCUAAGGCUGAAGGAACAAUUAAGUGAGUUGGAGAACUUGCGUCUGGAAAUGCAGAUAUUGGUGGAGAACAACAGGAAUUUACAGAGCCUUGUAGAAGCUCAGAGACUAAGCAAGAACAGUGAUCAGAAACAUCCUGAUGUUCAGUACCUUGAAGAGAAAGAGGAGGAGAUUGCUGAGGAACGACUUGCCAAGAAUAAAGCAAUAGAGGAGAUGCUGAAAAUCAAAGCAGAAUUAGAAGAGACCAAAAAUACUCUCAAAAUCAAAGAGAAUGCUUGUCUUGAAAUUACUCUGGAGAUGGAACGCACAAGAGCUUUGGAGUUGAAAGCUUUUAAUGAAAAAGAAGAAAUUAGAUCAAAACUAGAGGAAACAUAUGAAGAGAGAGACAGAAUUGGAAAGGAAAUGGACUUGCUGAGGAAGCAAGUUGACUCUCUCGCUGAGGAGAAUGGGAAAUUACUUGGUCAUCAAAAUCUAAACCAGAAGAUUCAGUAUCUUGUGAAACUGAAGAAAGAUUACGCUAAACUUACUGAGGAGACUGAAAAGCUACGAGUUGAAAAUGCUUUUCUGAAAGAAACAAAAAAAUGUGAAAUAUGUAGACAUCAUGAUCAGCUAUAA